AUGUUGAGAUGUAUUGAUCUGUGUGAUUCUGUAAAGAUAGAGCCCGAAGCGCUGAGUUUGCAAAAUGAUGUUACUCAAAGUGGUGAAAAGCAAACAGAUGAAACCAGUUGCCGAGGGAAGGAGUACUCUCAUGUGUAUGAGUUGCAAACCAAAGAGGAGGUGCUGAAUAUGUAUGAAAAUGUUGAACAAGGCAAGGGUUGGGGCUGUUCGGAGGAGAGGCCAUCUCAACAUGGAUUACCAUCUCAAAAUCAUUUGGAAAUGAGUAAGAAGCCUUAUGUGAACUUGGUCUCAGAUGACCACAAUGGUGAAAGUCCUGGCGAGUCUGAAGAUUCUGUUACUUCUGCUAAUUCUAAAGCUCCUCUUAGUGACCUUAAAGACAUGAUGGCGGUGAAUAAUUGGAAUUGGAAUAUAGGCCAAGAAAUAAAAUGGGAGUUUGAGGCUGAUAUGCUUUCCUCGUUUGAAGAAGAUACUGAACUCAGUAUGAAAGCCGUAUGUGCUCUCUAUCGACAGCAUAUAGCUGAAGUUGAAAUAUCAACCAAGGGGUUGUUCCACUACGGCGACGCGCUCAGGUAUGUGAAGGAUUAA